AUGUUCCCCUUCGAUGACAAUGUUGUGCAGUUCAUUGUGCUGCUCACACAGCACGGCACCGUGGAGAAGGUCCGCGCAGCCAUUGCGCAGAGUGCCGAUGCAAUGGGCUUUGCCUCGCCUCCCGCGUCGCCGGAAAGUGCGAUGCACCUGGCCGCCGUGCAGCAACAGAACAUCGGAGAGCGUGACCGCGGUGACGAUCGCGAAACAGGCGUUGUUUCGAAAACGGCCCUCCUCGGCGCGCACGUUCCGCUCAUCGCGAUCUGCGAGAUCUCAGACGGCUGUGCGGUCACUGACGGGUCGCAGAUCAUCGCAACAGCGGACCCAGCGACCUUUUUUCGAAGUGUCUCCUGCAUGGAGGACGCCACGCCGGAGGAAGCGGUGAGCCUUGGUGCGCCUGCGUGCGGCGGCACAGGUGCCCGUCGCAGCACAGGAAGUGGUCCGGGUGACGACAGCGUCCCGGGCGCACGACAUAAGGCGAAGGCCCUGAGUUGCAUCCUUCUCGAGCGACGCGACCCUCAUGGCGCCGGAGGCGGCACAGCUGGUGGUGGUGGCGCUCGCGCGCUCUCUGUGCGGGACCUAUACAUCCAGUCAAUGGACCUGCAGCGCCCCUUGCAUACCCUGCAGUCCAUCUUGCGCAACAUCUACGACCCCAUGCUGCGCUCCCACAAGACUCAGUCCGCGUUGCGCUCGCACGUGCAGGACCUCCUCUCCAGCAUCCGCUCGAUGCACAACGUGCUGCCGGAAAUCGACGUCACCCGCUACGUGCACGAGGACCUCCUGCAGUUGUGCGACGCGAACCCUCUGCUUGAUGUGCCGCAGCUAAUCGACCGGCUUGGCGAGGUGGCCAAGGAUCCCAGCUUCAUCCGCCGCGUGCUGCAGGCGCGCAACCGCUGCAGAGAAGCGCUCUCGAUGGAGCCCCUUCUAUCCGGGAAGCUGGAAGAGGAAGAGCUGGCGAAGGAACUGCAGAGCACCAACAGCAAAGCCAUUGGUGCCCCAGCGGUGGGCCCGACGGGUCUGCCGAGUGGUUGGUCGGGUGUUCACCCGCAACCCAGCGCCUUCGCGACGCCUUUGCCAGGCGCAGCUGCUGGCAUCGCGUAUGACGGCGACGGCGGCGACGACAGCGCGCGGGUUGUGCAGGAGCGCAUCGUGUACUGGCGAUGCGUGCACGCGUGGAUGGAGGAUAUCCUGCGGCAAUUGCGUGGGCGUGAGUGGCGGCUGGUGCACCGACUCCUUGCCCAGCGGGUAGAAACGGACUACGUCGGCGAGUACGUUGGCUACUUGAAGCUGGUGCAGGAGUACAUCACCUUCCUCAACACGAUCCCGGAGAAGCGGCUUGUCAAUGUGCAGGAUAUGAAAGAGUUCAACGACGUGACGGACGAGAUCAUCAUGGCGGCGACGCAGCCGACGCGAUUUGCAGCGCGGCUGCAGCUGAGCCUACUGACGUCGCUCGUGUGGCAGAUCUCGUCGCGAUGGGUCAGCGUGAUGGAGACGCAGCAGGUGCUUAGCCUCGACGAAGACCCCAACGUCGCCCCGGUCGCAGCGGCCGGUGACGCGAAUGCAACUCAGCACAGCGCCGACGUAACUGCAGGAGCCCAUGCUGACCCGUUCGUGCACCUGCAGACACUGCGCAUCGCCAUACACUCGCUACGUACGCUGCAGGCCCGGUACGUGGAGCACAGCACUCAGCUACGGCACCAGAUCCGCGUGGUGCGCAGCCCUCGCGAGCACGUCGAACACCCGCGUGUGGAAGCGCUGCUCGCGCGCUGCCUCGCUGUACGGGACCUGAUCGAAGAGCACCUGCUCCUCAUGCGGCAGCUCGGCGUCGUCUUCUCUACCAAGAUACGCCUGCAGUUUGCCAGGGCCAAGCGUGACGCAGUGCCGGCAAUGGGAGUGGUAGCUGCGCAGCAGCAGCCAGGUGAGGAGUACGCACUGGUGAUGCAGGACGCCUUCAACGAGUGCGUGCGCGCCGUGGGCGGGUGGGUGGACGACGCGGAAGAUCUGCAGCGGUCACGCAAGGGCAGCGUCGGCGAGCCCGCGGCAUCAUCUGGCAGCCCACAUCGCGGGUGCAAGCGCUGCAGCAAUUACCUGUGGCAAACCAGCCCCACAGCCGUCCAGCGCUUCAAUGCAGCCGUGCAAGAGUACCAGCACAAGCGCAGCCAGUGCGACGAGCAGAUCGCCUUGGUGGUGAGCCAGCUGCUGAGUAAUCAGCAAUACGCACAUAGUGACGGUCGAAGUAGCAUGGGCGGCGCGGGGGCGGUCGGGAUGGCCGGUGCAGGAGCGGCGCUGAAAGGGCCGCAGGCCAGCGUCAACUACGCUGACAAUCACGGCCUGCGCCUCUUCCGCACCUUCAAACGCUUUAAGAUGCUGCCCCUCGAGCGGGUGCAGCGGGUCGUGCACAGCUACCAGGACGCCGUUGCGGAAAAGCUGAGCGCCUAUGUCGGCUACGUCCAAGACUGCUACGUCAAUGUGCCCCUCACGAAGAAGGAGGUCAGCUACAACAUGGCACGCUUCUCCGUGUCGGCGUUGGUGGCGCAGAUCAUGUGGGAGCAGCGCCUGGCGGAGGCGCUCACAAAGUCGAUGAUGCGCUUCGACUACGUCAGCGAGCAUGGAUGGCAUCAGCUCUUGUACCUACGGAACGUCGAGCACUACUGGCGCCUUAACGCCAGCCUUGCCGAGUUCAUCGGCGUCCCACUCGACCUGCUUGUUUGUGACGAGCUGCAGCUCGACUCCGAGGUGCACGGCUGCGCGGUGGCGCUGGCGUGCUUGAGUCUGCACUACACGGAGGAAGCAAGCGAGUGGGAGCAGGAUGAACACCUCCGUAUCGCGCAGGACCUCGUGGCCACCUGCGAUCCAGGCGCCCUUGCCGUUGCGCGGGAUCGCAUGCUGAUCGGUGGUGCGCCGCGACUGUACAAGACCACCGCACGCGCCCGUGACAUCCGCAGUUCGCGCGAUAUUAUUCAGCAGCGGAUCGAGAGCCACAUGGCAAGUUGGUUCGAGGAGGUCGAUAAGCUGAUCGGCGGCAGCGGCCUCGAUCAGCAGACGCUGCUGCUGUCGGGCCCAGUGCUUUGGGCCGUCAACUGCGGGCCCUUCAGCGGGCCGCACAACACAACAGGCGGCGCGGUCGCCAAUGAGGCAGACUCCGCCGUGAUGCGUCUGCAGCCCUCUGGUGGGGCCGGCGCGAUGACGGGCGGCUUCACGGCCAACGCGAACUACUUCAACACCGGUGGCGCCGGCAGCAUGCCGCGUGCCAGCAGCUUCAGUCCUUCCUCUUUAGCGCUGCUGCGCGCACAAGGCCGCAGCGCGUCGCCGUCGGUGCGCCGGGCCUCGUUCCUGGUGCCUGUCGGCAGCGGCGACAGCGAGUCCUUGGCACCGGCGGCGGCGACGGCUGCGAGCUGGAUGGUGGAGGUUGCCUUCCCGUGGAGUUUCCCAAACAUAGCUGAGGAUCUGCGUUAUCUGGAGUCUUCAUACCUCACCUCCACCCUGCUCAGUGCCGGCUCUGGAGAGCCGGCAGCGACGAGCCGGAAUAGUAGCAGUGCUGCGGGCACUACGCUGUCGCCGCGUGGACGGUGCCCCGCUGUCGCCUCUGAUCUUGCCUUUCUGCGGGACGCUCUGCGUGGAAACGAGCUGCGAUCACGCCUGGCGCACACGCUAGUGGAGCUCAUUCACGUCUACUACGUCACCGUCAAGGGCGAAGACACCAGUCUGGUUCUGCUGGCGACCGACGAGUACCAGGAGGUGAAUCGGCUCUUCCAGAUGGGUAUCGCCCUGCGCUGGAGCGACGAGGGACUUCUGAGCUACGUGCAGCAGCUGUCCGACACGAUGCAGGCCUUUACCACGACGGUGCAGCAGUUGCGAUCCAAGACGGAGCUGGUGUACCGCAAGAUUCGCGCCUUCCUCGUACGUGCCUUUCACCCAGAGGCAAUCCUGCAGCGAGUGAAGGCACUUCGCCGCAUCGUCGACACCCUCGCCCUGCGCUGUGUGCACGCGCAUCUGUGGACACGGCAGAUUCAGCCACUGCUGGAGCAGGCGCUGCUUACUCAGAUGAAGUAUCUGAUGCAUUCGUUUACCGAAGACUUCCUGUCCAUGCGCAGCGACGUCCGCUUUCUCGAGAAGGGUGCGGAGACGGACGUGUUUCGGCUGACGCCGUUGCGGGUUCGCAUGCGGGUAGUGUACAAGGAGGUCCGCCUCGAGUCCUGCUGCGGCGCGUGGCGUCAGCACUGGAUCAGCGAGCUUAACCGCUUCUUCAGCUGGAUCGACGUACUACCGCGGCUGUACAAGGAGGAGGAGACGCAGGCGGACGUCGUCGGCGUCCCGGCCGCACUCGGCUCUGACAUGACGAGCACGGCGGUGACGCAUGGCAGCAACAGUACUGACGGUGCUGGCGUCAACGCAGGCAUCGGUAGAGCCGGCAACAAUGGCCACAACGCCGCCAGUGGUCGCGCACCCGACGAUGGCUAUCAAUACCUACUUCUUCGGCUGCCGGCGUCUGCGCUGGCAGAGCCGCUGCACGCGAUUGAGCAGUGUGUGCAGGACGCCAUCGACACAGAGAACGAGUGGCGUCGUGGGCAGCAGUUUCUGAGCAUGGAUGUGGCGCUCAUGCAGCAGCGCUUUGGGCGCGACCUGCGCCGCUGGAGCCACGCCCUGCGCCUCAUGCACACGGUGACGUCACGCAUCAUGGACUACACGCAGCCGAACAAGCUUCUCGGCGGUAUUGUAAUCCUCGCGCAGGAAGCACAGAUUGAGUUGGGCCGAAAGCUGGACCAGGUCAGCCAGUACGCUCAUGCGAAGUUCAAGGACCUGCUGCAGGGGGAGCAGGAACGGGCCUUCAGCGUCAUCACUCAAGAGCAGAUGAAGAUCGAUGCGCUCGACGUGAUCAGCAACGCAAAGGACGCAGCCGCGUUUCUAUCGGAGGCACCGCGACUCAAGAGCGAGCUGCAGAAGCUGGACGGCGAGAUCACGCUCAUGGACAACGGCGAGGUGAGUCUGCAGAAGCUCGGCCACGUGUUCCCGGAAAACUGGAUGUACGCCGCGGCGCUGCGCGAGGAGUACACGUCGCUGGCAGAGCUUGUCGACCGCAAGCUCAAGGCGGUGCAGGUACGCCGGCCCUUCCUGAUCGAGGAGGCGAAAUCGGCAGCCAGCGCCCUCGAGGUCAAGGUCGCGGAGGUGGAUGCGCGCUUCCACAACGUGGACUCCAUCGCCGUCUCCAAGGAGGCCCCUGUGUUGGCGAAGCAGAUGGUCUCCGAUAUCUACGACGAGGCCGUUGCCUUCAGCGUGGAGGCGAAGCAGGUGACGGCGAUCCAGGAGGCGCUCGGUGAGUCGCCGCACGUCUUUGCCUCCUUGCAGAAGCUGCUGGCUGACGUGGCGCGUGUGAAGGAUGUGUGGGGCCACGUCGCCUCCGCCUACGUGGAGCUCAACGAGCUCGGCGCGGUGCCGUUCUUCGAGAUGGUGCCGCGCCGCCUACAUGAGCGCCUGCAGCAAAUCGAUGAGGAAACAGAUGCGUACCAGGAGACGAUGCAAAGCUACCAGCUUUACCAAAACCUCAAGCAGAAGCUGUGCCGCGUGCUGAGCUACAACCGCCUCAUGCAGGAUCUCCGCUCCGACGCUAUGUCGCCGCUAGAGCGCUCCAUGCGGCACUGGAAAACACUCCAGCACAAGCUGCGCGCGCCGUGGGUGCUCGCAAGCCUCACCGUGGCGAACAUCUGGGAAAGCGAUCCGGGUGUCAACGCAGCCGUUUACAGCGAAGUGGUUGAGACGGCCCAGGGCGAGCGCCGCAUCGAGGUGCAGCUGCACAACAUCAACAACUACUGGAACAUGUUCGAGUUCAGCGUGGUGGUGUACAAGAAGCACGUCGCGCUCAUACGCGGCUGGGACGAGGUGUUCGAGCGCCUCACCGAGGACCUGAGCACCUUCGGCGGCAUGCGCGCGAGCCCGUACUUUGUCUUUCCGCAGCUCGUCUCCAUGGCCAACGACGCCGAAGCGCGACUGGAUCGGCUGCGGCAGGUGCUGGAGGUCCUCCUCGAGGUGCAGAAGCGAUGGGUCUACCUUGACGGUAUCCUGUCUGAAAACGCGGAAGUCCGCGUGCAGCUGCCGCAUGACACCGUCAAGUUCGACCGUACCAGCCGCGAACUGCUGCACAUCCUUCCCCGACCCCGGUCCUCCGGCAACCUGCCAGAGCUACACGUCUCCUUCUUUCUCGAAGAUGAGAAGCUGAAGGCGACGCUGGAGCGACUCCUUUCACAGCUGUCGGCCGUGCAGCGAGCGCUGACAAGCUACCUCGACACACAGCGCAGCCGCUUCCCUCGCUUCUUCUUCGCCGGUGACGACGACCUGCUUGAAAUCAUGGGCAACAGCAAGAACCCACUCUUCCUCAACAAGCACCUGAAGAAAAUGUUCACCGCCUUAGCAUCGCUGCAGCUGGACGGAAAUGUAAAAGACGCCACGACGCGGCUGUGCGGCUUCUCAAGUGCCGAGGGCGAGGAACUGUCUUUUCAGCCGGGCCCUAUCGCAUACAGGCAGCGGCCGAUCCACGAGUGGCUCGGUGAGGCGGAGCAGGGCAUGGUCCACACCCUCCGUGAGGCCACGCUGCGCGCGUACAACGAGCUUGUCAGCACGAAGGAUGCGUCGCCGUACGCCUUGCUGUGGUCGAUGGAUUGGAUGCGGCAGAAGCCGACACAGGUGGUAUGUCUGGCGCUACAGCUCUUGUGGACGCGGGAGCAGGAGAGUCUCUUGACCGGUGCGCACGGCGGCGGUGCCGGUGCCACGGAUGCCCGGCGCACGUCUCAGGCCUCGUCGUCAACGCUGUCGGUGGUGACAAGUAGCAUGGACGACCUGCUGACUCGCUUGGCUGGCAACGUGCUCGGCAACGCCGUUGCUCCGAGCUCGCGCCGCCAGUGCGAGCAGCUGAUCACGGUAGCUGUGUACCAGCGCGACGUCUCUCGCACCCUUGCUGCACGCAAGGUGGCGUCGCGCGACGACUUCAACUGGCUCAGCGUUUUGCGCCUGUACGUGGUCCCCAUACACCACCAGCAGCAGCACGGCGGCAAGAGUAUGAGUAGCCUGAGCAACAUCGGCCUCGCCCGCGGCACGAACGUAAGUGGAUUAGUGCUCAGCGAGUACCGGUCCGCCGAGACGCUGGAGUGCCGCAUGGCGGAUGCGUCCGUGCUUCACGGCUUCGAGUACAUCGGCGCGUAUGAGCGCCUGGUGCAGACCCCGCUCACGGACAAGUGCUACCUGACCCUCAUGCAGUCGCUGCACACCCGCCUCGGCGGCUCGCCGGUUGGCCCGGCCGGCACCGGCAAGACGGAGACGGUGAAGGCGCUCGGCAUGCAGCUCGGCCGCCACGUCCUCGUCUUCAACUGUGAUGACACUUUCGACUACCAAGCUGUUAGUCGAAUCUUCCUCGGCUUGUGCCAGGUCGGUGCGUGGGGCUGCUUCGACGAGUUCAAUCGCCUCGAGGAACGCAUCCUCUCCGCGCUAUCGCUGCAAAUCCAAGUCAUCCAGCACUCACUGCGUGCGUGGCAGCGGGAGGUGCAGCUGAACCACCGCGCCGUGCCGCUGCACUCGAACGUGGCCAUCUUCAUCACCAUGAAUCCCGGCUACGCCGGCCGCUCCAAGCUGCCAGGCAACCUGAAGCAGCUCUUCCGCACCGUGACAAUGACCAUCCCUGACCGCGAGACGAUUGCAGAGGUGAUGUUGUUUGCGCAGGGCUUCACCACGGCCGAGGCGCUCUCCCAAAAAGUUGUCCCGCUCUUCCGGCUGUGCGAGGAGCAGUUUACCCGGCAGGCGCACUACGACUUCGGCCUGCGCGCUUUGAAGUCCGUCCUGGUAGCCGCAGGUGACCGCAAGCGGCAGGUGGCCGCGGCGUCGCGUGGAAGCCCCGGCGGCCACAACGCUGCUGGCGGCGCGGGUGCGGACACGGUGCAGGAAACGGAGCGAACGCUGCUGCUGGAGAGCAUCAUUGCAACCGUUGCCCCCAAGCUGGUCGCGCAGGACGCGGCGUUGUUCUACCCACUGCUGCACGACUUCUUCCCCGGCUGCUCACUGCCGGCGCUGCCGAUGGACGAGCUGCGCGAGGCCGUGGAGUGCGUGUGUGCGGAAAGCGGCCUCUCCCCUGCUGCGGGGUGGAUGGAGAAGGUGCUGCAGUUUUAUCACACAAAGAUGACGCGGCACGGUGUCAUGAUUGUGGGCCCCAGCGGCACAGGUAAAACGACGGCGUGGAAGGUGCUGAUGGCGGCCAUGGUUCGCCUUCAGCGGGCGCUGCACAUGCACGCAUACGUCCUCUCCCCCAAGGUCCUUAGCAAGGGCGAACUCUUCGGCACCCUCGACGUGACGACGCGCGAGUGGCGCGAUGGCGUCUUUACAAGUAUCCUGCGCAAGAUCAUCGACGCAGAGGAGCAGCAGCAGAUCCCAGCUGACUUAGCGCUGGCGGGGGACGACGACACUGGCCACCAAGUCGUGGCAGCGCAGUCAGUGGGGGUCGACAACAAGAAGCGCGCUUCACUAAAGCAGAACGUCAUUUGCGACGGCGACGCCAGCGCACCGGGGGCCCAAAGCUCAGAGGCGCGGAAGGAGCACUGGAUCAUCUUCGAUGGCGACGUGGACCCAGAGUGGGUGGAAAACCUCAACUCGGUGCUGGAUGACAACCGGCUGCUCACGCUGCCCAACGGUGAGCGGCUUCCGCUGCCGCGCUCUGUGCGCAUCAUCUUCGAAGUUCAAGACCUGCUGUACGCGACGCCGGCCACCGUGUCGCGCUGCGGCAUGCUGUGGCUCAGCGAGGGUGUAGUGCCGCUCUCAGGGGUGCUGGCGCACACGUAUCACCAGCUGCAGGAGCACCCGAUCGUCGACGCGCGUGGUCGCCACCUACACUGGGGCACCGACCACAUGAUCGGCGUCACCGGGGUGCGGAGCGCAUUCUACACGGAAUGCCUUGUGACUGGUGAAUACGGCAAGGUGUACCACGAGCUCGUCCUGUCGAGCGCCAGGACCAGCGUAGAGGAAGUGAUGGCCGGCAGUCUGCCGCGGCAUCACGGCCGCACCAGCUCCGGCGACGAGGACAUCACCGCCUUAGCGACGCCGAAGCGCAGCAGUCACUUGUGCAAGGACGCGACCCCGCAGAGCGACAAGGCCGCCGAGCUCGACAUGGGCGACACCCUCUACGGCACAACAGGUCACGGGAGCCACGCCAUAUUCACGAGCACCAGCGGCGGCGGCGCCGCCAGCACGCUCCGCCGCAGCCACCCCGAUGCGGAGCGCAUCCAGGAGCUCAUGGUCAGCUCGUGGGCAGCGGCCUUCGAGAAGGACGGCGCCGUGGUGCGUGGGCUGCAGCUGAUGAAGUCGGCGGCGUUCCGCGACGUGUGCGUGAUGGUACCAAGCGACCAACAGUGCAUCCAGAGCAUGGUCGCGUUUCUGGUCCAGGGCGUAUGGCGCACCUUCGAAACCGAACAGCAAAGCAACGGUGACGUCUUCAGCGACGCUGUGGUGAAGAAGAUCGCGAUGCAGGUGCUCUCCUACGCGAUCUUCUGGGGUCUGGCCUCAGCCAUGAGCCUGGAGAACCGCAUGAAGCUGGCGCAGCAGCUAGGGCUGCGGCCGACGGUCGACGGCGUUGCACAGUCGAUGCUGGAGGUGGAGGUGUGCUACCGCACGGGCGAGUGGCGGCUGAUCCGCAACCGUGUCAAGGAGAUCUCGCUCCUAGCGGAGCAGGUGGGCGCGAACGAUACCGUCAUAACCACUGUGGACACGUGCCGGCACGAGGACGUGCUGAGCGCCUGGCUCGGCGCCGGUCGCUCCGCCAUUCUGUGCGGGCCGCCGGGCUCUGGCAAGACUAUGUCGAUUACUGCAGUGCUGAGCAGCCUGCCCGAGUACGAGGUGGUCUUCCUGAACUUCUCGAGCGGCACGACGGUGAAGACGAUUGUGAAGGCGCUGGAGCAGCACUGCCGUGUGCAGGAUACCGCGCGCGGUCUCGUGAUGGCGCCGACGUCUGGCAAGCAGCUCCUUCUCUUCUGCGAUGAGGUGAACCUGCCGGCGCUGGACCGCUACGGCACGCAGGUCGUCGUGCAGCUGCUGCGGCAGCUCAUCGAGCGCAAUGGCUUUUACCGCGCGCGUGACAACACCUGGAUCACCGUCGAGGAUGUGCAGGUCGUCGGUGCCUGCAACCCGCCAACCGACCCUGGCCGUGUGUCGCUCAGUGCACGCUUCCUGCGUUGGGCGCCGGUGCUGCUCGUCGACUUUCCGUCUCCAGAGUCGCUCAAGACGAUCUACACAACCUACUGUCGCGCCAUCCUGGCAUGGAAUGAACGCCUCAGCGGCCAAGUCGCCACCCGCCUGGCGCAGGCGAUGGUGAAGAUGUAUCGCGUCUCUCAGGCCAAGUUCACGCCGAUACAGCAACCUCACUAUCUCUAUUCACCCCGCGAGCUGUCGCGCUGGUCGAGGGCGCUGUACGAGGGCAUCCUCACCUGGGACGACGCGGUGCGGCGCCAGCUCAAUGUCAGCCAGCUCGUGCGCCUCGCCGUGCAUGAAGGGCUGCGCGUGUUCGCCGACCGCCUCGUCACGGCCGAGGAGCGGGCAUGGACCGACACGGCCAUUGUAGAGGCGUUUCGCGAGUUCUUCACCGACGUCGAUGACCACGCGUUCCACCAGCCGCUGCUGUACUCCACGCUGCUCUCGCGCAGCUACACGGACAGCCCACGGGAGGAGCUGCGGGCGUACGUGCAGAAGAAGCUGGCAGCGUUCAACGAGGAGGAGUCGCUGGGCAACUUGGUCAUCUACGACGCGAUGAUCGACCACGUCGUGCGCAUCGACCGCGUCCUGCGCCAGCCCCUGGGUCACCUGCUCAUCGCCGGCUCCUCUGGUGUUGGGAAAACGGCCUUGACGAAGCUGGUGGCGUGGAUGCGCGGCUUCUCAACCUUCACGCUGAUGUUGCACCGCGGGUACGACUUGGACGACUUCGAACACGACCUCCGCGGGGUGCUGCGCCGCGCCGGAUGCAAGCGGGAGCGCAUCUGCUUCCUGUUCGAUGAAUCCAACAUCCUGCAGCCGAGCUUUCUCGAGUACAUGAACGCCCUCCUGGCCUCGGGCGAAGUACCCGGCCUUUUCGACGGUGACGAGUGGUCGAAGCUCAUGCAGGAGGUUCGCGAUGCGGUGCUGGCGAGCCAGAGCUAUUAUGCCACAUCGCGUAGUGCCGGCGGCGCUGGUGCGGCAGGAAGGGCAGGUGGAAGCGCCGGUGGCGGCGGCGAGGCAGGCCGCGACAGGGACUCAUCGGCACUCCGAGGAGGCGGCUGCAAGGGUCUGGAUGGCAACGACAACGGUAACGGCGUCACCGGUAGCCAGCGCGCCUCUGUGGUCACCGGCGUCGGCGUCGCGGCGAGCGCGGCGGGGGACGACUUGGUUGACGUACACAACGAAGCGGAGCUGUACCAUUGGUUCCUGAGGAACGUGCACGAGUACCUGCACGUCGUGCUCACAAUCAACCCCUCCUCAGGUGAGUUCACGUCGCGCACGGUGGCGAGUCCGGCGCUGGUAAACCGAUGCACCAUCGACUGGUUCGGCGACUGGGACACGACGACGCUGCAGCAGGUAUGCCAAGAGCGGAUUCGCCAUCUCGCGCUGCUGCCCGCCUGCCACGGCGUCUUCGCAAUCGAGGUGGAGGCGAAGGAGGCGGUCGUGGAGAGCCUGUGCGCCAUUCACGUCGCCACGCAGCACAUCAACCAAGCUCUGCGCGUGCGAUACGCUAACCAGGGCACCUUCGUCACGCCGCGUCACUUUACGGACUGCGUUUCGCACUUUGUGACCAUCUUCCAGGAAAAGAGGAAGGUCUCCAGUGAUGCCCUGGUGCACCUGCACAGCGGCCUGAAGAAGCUCGAGUUGACGGCGCAAGAGGUGGCGGCGCAGCGGGCAACGCUGCAGGACAACGAAGCUGAGAUCGAGGCGAGCAGCCGGCGAGCGCAGGCGAUGCUAGAACGCAUCGUCAGUGAGACCGACGUCGCGAAGCGUGAGAAGGCCGCAGCGCAGGACUUGGAGCGUCAGCUACAGGACGAACAUGCGCAGAUCUCUGAGGACGCGCAGCGCCUGUCCAUCGAACUCGCGGAGGCGGAGCCGGCGCUGCGGGAGGCCGAUGCAGCGCUCAGCACGGUGAAGCCGGAGUACCUGCGCGAGAUUCGCGCAUACGCGAUGCCGCCGCCGAUGGUGAAGCGCACGCUCGAGGCUGUUGGGGCGCUGAUGGGUGAGAAGAACUGUGAGGACUGGGAUUCGCUGAAGAACUGCAUCCGCCGCGACGACUUCUUGGCCAGCGUGCGCAACUUCCGCCCCGACGACAUCACCGAGCCGGCCCGCGAGCGCGUGCGGGGCAUGAUGCGAGACAGCAAGUUCACUGUCGAGGCGGCGUACCGUGCCUCGAAGGCGGCCGGGCCGCUUAUGCAGUGGGUGUUCUUUCAGGUGAAGUACUCCGCCAUCUACCAGCGUGUGGCGCCGGUGCGGUCGAAGAUCGAGAAACUGAUCAAGGCGCGGGACGUGAAACUGAAAGGUUUGGAGGUGGCGCAGGAGGAGGUGCGUGAGAAGGAGAACUCGUUGCAACAGCUCAUGGGCGAGUACCAGAACGCCACUGCCCAAAUAGCAGAGCUGAAGCAGCGCAUUACCGCCAUCUCAGCCAAGUGCAACCGUGCGCAGACGGUCCUGCAGCAGUUGCUGGACGAGCGCGACCGGUGGGAGAAAGAGGUGCACAGCUUCGACUCUGAAGCACGCACGACGCUGGGCGACUGCGUCAUGUCCGCGGUCUUCCUCGCUUACACCGGCUUCUACGACGAGCACACGCGCGAGCGCGUCUUGAUGCCACGCUGGCUAGCAUGUCUGCAACGCGCCACCAUCCCCGUCCGCAAGGGCCUAAGCGUGACGGAGUACCUCUCUCCCGCCACGCAGCAGUUGGCAUGGGAGGAGGCCGGGCUGCCCAAGGACCGUCUGAACAUUGACAACGCCGUCAUCAUGCACCGCUGCCAGCGGUACGUACUGCUCAUCGACCCGACCGACGUGGCUGCGCACUUUGUACUCCGCUACUAUGGAGCCCAGAAGAUAACCAAGACCUCGUUUAGCCGACCUGGCUAUGUGAAGCAGCUCGAGAUGGCGGUGCGGUUCGGCUACCCGAUCCUUAUGGAGGACGCCGAGCACCUCGACCCCGCUGUGGUGCCGCUACUGAAUGGCGAGGUACGCUGCCACGGCACACGUCACAUUACCCGCAUCGGCCCGCACGAGGUGGACCUGGCGCCGUCGUUCCAUCUCUUCCUGCACACACGUAACCCGAACUUCCAGUCGCCGCCAGACCUGGCUGGGCAGGUGUGCAUGGUGAACUUCACCGUCACACUAUCCUCGCUGCAGUCGCAGUGCUUGCACUACACCCUUCUCCACGAGCGCCCCGAUGUGGAUGCGAAGCGCUCGAACCUACUCAAGGCCCAGGGCGAGUAUCAGCUGCGGCUGCGCGUGUUGGAGGACAAACUGCUCACCCGCAUCGCCGAAGCGGAGGGCAGCCUGCUGGACAACAACGCCCUCAUCGAGAGCCUGACGGAGUUGAAGGAGGAGGCCACCUGCAUCGCCGGAGACAUCGCCGACAGCGAGAACUCGAUGCGUGAGAUUCGGAGCGUGGAAGACAUGUACCGCCCCAUCGCGACGGUGGUCGCACAGGCCCACUUUGCGCUGCAGCGCUUCGAGGAGCUCAGUCCGUAUUACUGCUACAACGUUCGCUUCGUUCUGCGUGUUUUGGACGACGCGCUGCGGGCGCUGCCGGCGACAAGCACGCCAGCAGCGGAUGGAGGGCUGCGUCUGCAGCAGCUCACGUACGGGAUCUUUGUGCUGCUGCACCGACGCGUGGUGCGGGGCAUGUUUCACGAAGACCAUCUCGUGUGGGCGUUGCGUCUGGCGCAGCUAAGGAGUGCGAUGAGCGCGACGGGCGCCAAAUCCGCGUCUUCUGCGCCAACGGCGGCGUCAAUGGUGGUGCUUCCCACCGACAGCACCGGCGGCUCCGCUGUGAUGCCGGAGGAGUGGGAGUGGAUCUUGUCGUGUCUGCGUCUCGCGGGUAGCGGCGUUGGGGCUGCCGGCGCCGGCGCCGGCCUCCCAUCGACAGCGGCAUCCCGGACGAUGACGACCGACUCCUCCGAAGAUGGUGGGGCCAGCAGCCCCAUAACAGCAGCGACGACGGCGACAAGUCUUCCACCGGUGGUACGGCAGGCCUGCCCAGCCUUGGGGCUGCAAAGCUGCCAGGCGCUCGCCUUCCUGCUCACGAAGCCCGCCUUCAACGAGGUUCGCGAGACGCUGACGACGCGGGCGCCUGCGUGGGAGGCGGUGCUCACGUCUGCCACGCCAGUAGCCACCAGCGAGUCCGCUCUGCCACCGGAGUGCUUUCCUCGCGGCGCCAGUCGCGUGCGCCGGUUUUUAUUGCUGGCUCUCAUACUGCUCAACACGCGCCGUGACGCCUUCAUCGAGGCGGUGCGCCAGCUCUUGGCGUCGUACUUCUCACCAAAGGAGAUGGGCACAGCCGCCGCGGCUGGCACUGACGCUGCUGCCGCCCUCUUCACGGACGAUCUCUUCGCGCCACAGACGAACGAUCUCGCUGACGGUAUCAUGGCUGAGCUCUCCGCCGCGACGCCGUUGCUGAUGGUGGCCGACACCAUGUUCGAUCCCGCCCUGCGCGUGGAGGAGCUGGCGCAGCGCACGUGCACAAACCUCAGCGUCGUGGCGAUGGGCAGCAUGGAGAGCAUUGAGAACGCGGACGCCUACCUGGCGGAGGCGACAAAGUCGGGGGGAUGGGUGUUGCUGAAGAACGUUCACUUGGCGCGCGGCUACAUGGACAAGCUCGAGAAGCAGCUGCACUUCCAGCGGAGUGAGGGUCAGCUGCACAAGGAGUUCCGUCUUUUUCUCACGGCUGAGCGGGACAGGAGCGCGGCAAAGCCUUCCACAACAGCCACAGCGGCAGCAGCCUCAUCCAAGGUGCUGCCCAUCAAUCUCAUAGAGGCCUCCGUGGUCGUGGUCUACGAGGCCCCGCCAGGCAUGCAGUCAUCGCUCCUGCAAACCUACGGUGAGUAUCCUGUGGUCGGGGCGGCGGCCUUCGACGGCACCGACGCAUCCUCGGUCGCUCCAAGCGCUGGGGCCGCCGCCGCGAGCAACAACACCUCCCUUCAGCGCCUCUACCUGGCCGCGGCAUGGCUGCACUCCGUCAUCACCGAGCGUAUCCUCUAUAAGCCCCUAGGCUGGAGCGAGGCGUACGAGUACACGGAGGUGGAGUAUCAGCGUGUCGUGCAAGCGGUGCAGGCAUGGAGCUCGGCCGCACCAGCACCAGCAGCAGCGACAGCGUCGAGCAGCAAUGCCAGCGCCCUAAAGGUCUCCUGGGACGCCCUGCGCACCAUCGUCGCGACUACGGUCUACGGCGGCAAAGUGAGCAACGUAUUCGACCAGCACAUCCUCAACGUCUUCUGCCGCAGGCUGCUUCGUCCCGAGAUGCUGCAAGACGCAGCUCAGUUCGUCUCUGAGGCGGCGGCGGCCGGUGCGCCACCGCCACCCAUCCGCGGACGCUCGCGCGCGGAGCUGCUUCAGUGGAUUCACGCGCUCCCUGGCGGCAGCAGCCAUCCGGCAUGGCUGGCGCUGCCCAUCGGCGCGGACCGCAUGACGCGCGCGCGCAGCGCCAUUGAAGUGGUGGAGCGCCUGUCCCUCGUGCAGAGUACCCUAGACGACGAGCUCACAUUCGCCGAAAUCGACAGCGAUGCACAGGCCGCGGCAAGCGGCGCACUCCGGGCCACGCGGUGGGCAGCCAAGGUGCAGUCCUACUGCACUGCCUGGUAUCCCAUCCUGCGCGAUGCGCUGGGAAAACUGGAGAAACACCCCUUUGUCCUACAAGCCGUCGCGCUGCACAAGCAGGAGACCGUUGAGCGUGCCAGCGCCGCCGACGUCGGUGCCGCAAAGGAAAGCGGAGUCAACCGCAGCGGGGCGAGUCAUUCCGGUGGGGUGUCGGCACCGCUUGUCCUUGCGAUGCAGCGAGAGGUGGUUGCUGCAGUGGAGCUCGUGCGGCACCUCCUGACGUGCGUGCGCGAGCUACGCGAGGUGGCGAUGGAGGAGCGGACGCCGAGCUCCGUGCACCGCGGCCUCGUGGAGGAGCUGAUGAAGGACCACGUGCCAGACGUGUGGGCCGCGCACCUGCGUGGAGUUCAUGGCUCGGCUGCCCAUUCCCUGUUCGUCGGUCUCUGGAUUGCCGACGUCCAACAGCGUGUCGAACAUCUUCUUGAGCUGGCAACGGCCGCGCACGGCGGGCAGCUGGCGAAGACGCCGGUACGCCUCGGCGCACUCUUCUCCCCAGGUGCAUUCUUGACGGCUUUCAAGCAGCACUGCGCGCGGGCAGAGCAGGUGCCUCUAGAGCAGCUGGUGCCGCAGGUGGAGGUGGACGCAGCGACCGGCGCCAGUGCAGGAAGGGCGCCCCGCACAACAUCCUCCGCCUUGUCGACCACGGGUAUCCCUGGUGCCCCCGCAACCUCGGCAGCCAGCCUGGCGCCGCUGAGGGAGAACGAGGUGGUCUUCACCGGGCUCACUCUGCACUCGGCACAGGUAGGUGUUGCCGGCAAGUGCACGCUGAGGGGCGCCACGACUAGCGGUGCUGCCCCCGCGCUCUCCUCCGCCGUCGUGCUGCGCUGGAGAUGGGUAAGAAGCACUGACAGCGUCGCCACGACAACGGCACUGACGGCGCGCCUCGAACGGCAGACGGAUCAGCAGCAGAGCAUCCUCCUGCCCUUCUACACGACGGAGAACCGCGAGGCACUGUUGGAGGUGCUGGAGCUGCCUAAAGCGCCGAAUAGCGGCAUCACCAGCGGUGACGGUGAUGCCGGCGUCCACGCGUGGUACGAGCGGGGUGUGUGUGUAACCGCGUGGUCGGCAUCUGAGUAG